AUGGAGUCACUUUCUAUGGCAGAGGCAGAGGACAGCAUAAAGAAGUGCCUGCGCCUGGACCCUACCGCGCCGGUGUGGGCCGCCAAGCAGCGCGUGCUCUGCGCCCUCAGCCACAGCCUCCAGGAUGCGCUCAACUACGGGCUCUUCCAGCCGCCCUCGCGCGGCCGUGCCGGCAAGUUCCUGGACGAGGAGCGGCUGCUGCAGGACUACCCGCCCAACCUGGACACGCCCCUGCCCUACCUGGAGUUUCGAUACAAACGGAGAGUUUAUGCCCAGAAUCUCAUUGAUGACAAACAGUUCGCAAAGCUGCACACUAAGGCAAACCUAAAGAAGUUCAUGGACUAUGUCCAGCUGCACAGUACGGACAAAGUGGCCCGCCUGCUGGACAAGGGGCUGGACCCUAAUUUUCAUGACCCUGAUUCAGGAGAGUGCCCUCUGAGCCUUGCGGCACAGCUGGACAAUGCCACUGACUUGCUGAAGGUUCUACGCAAUGGUGGUGCUCACCUAGACUUCCGCACCCGGGAUGGGCUAACUGCAGUCCACUGUGCCACCCGCCAGCGAAAUGCGGGAGCGUUGACGACCCUGCUGGACCUGGGUGCUUCGCCUGACUACAAAGACAGCCGUGGCCUGACACCCUUGUACCACAGCGCCCUAGGGGGUGGGGAUGCCCUCUGCUGUGAGCUUCUUCUCCAUGACCAUGCACAACUGGGGACCACUGAUGAGAAUGGUUGGCAGGAGAUACACCAGGCCUGCCGCUUUGGCCACGUGCAGCACCUGGAGCACCUGCUGUUCUAUGGCGCCAACAUGGGUGCCCAGAAUGCCUCAGGAAACACAGCCCUGCAUAUCUGUGCUCUCUACAACCAGGAAAGCUGUGCUCGUGUCCUGCUUUUCCGUGGAGCCAAUAAGGAUGUCCGCAAUUACAACAGCCAGACAGCCUUCCAGGUGGCCAUCAUUGCAGGGAACUUCGAGCUUGCAGAGGUCAUCAAAACCCACAAAGACUCAGAUGUUGUACCAUUCAGGGAAACCCCCAGCUAUGCAAAGCGGCGACGACUGGCUGGCCCCAGUGGCUUGGCAUCCCCGCGGCCCCUGCAGCGCUCAGCCAGUGACAUCAACCUGAAGGGUGAGGCCCAGCCAGCAGCCUCUCCUGGGCCCUCCCUCCGAAGCCUUCCCCACCAGCUGCUGCUCCAGCGGCUGCAGGAGGAAAAAGAUCGUGACCGGGAUGGUGAACAGGAGAAUGACAUCAGUGGCCCCUCAGCAGGCAGGGGCAGCCUGAGCAAAAUCAGACGUUUCUGUGUCAUGCUGGGGGCCAGCGCCACCCGGCCCCGUGUCCGGCCCCGCCGCGGGGCUCUUGUGUCACUUCUUGGGCUUCUCCGCUGGACACCCUGGGGCCGGGGUGCCGCCGCGGGGGAGAGCUGUGACAUGCUCAGCAUCGGGGAGGGCGGAUUCUGGGAGGGGACCGUGAAAGGCCGUACAGGCUGGUUCCCAGCUGACUGUGUGGAGGAGGUGCAGAUGCGACAGUAUGACGCCAGGCCUGAAACCCGGGAGGACCGUACGAAGCGGCUUUUCCGACACUACACAGUUGGCUCCUAUGACAGCCUCACUUCACACAGUGAUUAUGUCAUUGAUGACAAGGUGGCCAUCCUGCAGAAACGGGACCAUGAGGGCUUUGGCUUUGUGCUCCGGGGAGCCAAAGCAGAGACCCCUAUUGAGGAGUUCACGCCCACACCGGCCUUCCCUGCGCUCCAGUACCUGGAGUCUGUGGAUGUGGAAGGCGUGGCCUGGAGGGCUGGGCUUCGUACUGGAGACUUCCUUAUUGAGGUGAAUGGGGUGAACGUGGUGAAGGUCGGACACAAGCAGGUGGUGGGUCUGAUCCGUCAGGGCGGCAACCGCCUGGUCAUGAAGGUUGUGUCAGUGACCAGGAAGCCUGAAGAGGAUGGGUCUCGGCGCAGAGCCCCACCUCCUCCCAAGAGAGCCCCCAGCACCACGCUGACCCUGCGCUCCAAGUCCAUGACGGCUGAGCUUGAAGAACUCGAGAAGCUGGAUGAGAUCUUGGCAGCUGCUGCGGAGCCAACACUGAGGCCGGACAUUGCAGAUGCGGACUCCAGAGCAGCCACAGUCAAGCAGCGGCCCACUAGCCGAAGGAUCACCCCUGCUGAGAUCAGUUCAUUGUUUGAGCGCCAGGGCCUCCCAGGCCCAGAGAAGCUGCCGGGCUCUCUGCGGAAGGGGAUUCCACGCACCAAGUCUGUAGGGGAGGAUGAGAAGCUGGCGUCCCUGCUGGAGGGGCGCUUCCCGCGAAGCUCGUCGAUGCAGGACACGGGGGGCCUCGACUACGGGGCCGGGGAGGGCCUGGGGCUCGCGUUCGGGGGCCCGGGCCCGGGGCAGGGCAAGGAGCGGCGGCUGGAGGAGCGACGCCGCUCCACCGUGUUCCUGUCGGUAGGCGCCAUCGAGAGCAGCCCGCCCAGCGCAGACCUGCCGUCGCUGCAGCCCUCGCGGUCCAUCGACGAGCGCCUCCUGGGGGCCGCGGGCGCCACCGGCCGGGACCUGCUGCUCCCCUCGCCUGUGUCCGCGCUGAAGCCGCUGGCCAGCAGCCCCAGCCUCGGGCCCGCGGGCUCCACCUUCAUCCACCCGCUCACCGGCAAGCCCCUGGACCCCAGCUCGCCCCUGGCUCUGGCCCUGGCCGCCCGCGAGCGGGCCCUGGCCUCACAGGCGCCCUCCCGCUCCCCCACGCCCGUGCACAGCCCCGAUGCCGACCGCCCGGGACCCCUGUUCGUGGACGUGCAGGCCCGGGACCCGGAGCGAGGGGCCCUCGCCUCGCCGGCCUUCUCCCCGCGGAGCCCGGCCUGGAUUCCCGUGCCUGCUCGCAGGGAGGCCGAGAAGGCGCCGCGGGACGAGCGGAAGUCCCCGGAAGACAAGAAGUCCAUGAUCCUCAGCGUCCUGGACACGUCCCUGCAGCGGCCGGCCGGCCUCAUCGUCGUGCACGCCACCAGCAACGGGCAGGAGCCCAGCAGGCUCGGGGCCGAGGAGGAGCGGCCGCCCGGCAGCUCGGAGGAGGAGCCCGAGCUCGUGUUCGCCGUGAACCUGCCGCCCGCCCAGCUGUCCUCCAGCGACGAGGAGACCAGGGAGGAACUAGCCCGGAUCGGGCUGGUGCCACCCCCGGAAGAGUUUGCCAACGGCAUCCUGCUGGCCACCCCGCCCCCAGGCCCCGGCCCCUCACCCACCUCGGCGCCCGGCCCGGCCUCGGGGAAGCCCGGCAGCGAGCCCCCUCCUGCCCCCGAGUCCGCAGCCGACUCUGGGGUAGAGGAGGCCGACACCCGAAGCUCCAGCGACCCGCACUUGGAGACCACAAGCACCAUCUCCACCGUGUCCAGCAUGUCCACCCUGAGCUCAGAGAGCGGAGAGCUCACCGACACCCACACCUCCUUCGCUGAUGGACACACUUUUCUACUCGAGAAGCCACCAGUGCCUCCCAAGCCCAAGCUCAAGUCCCCGCUGGGGAAGGGGCCGGUGACCUUCAGGGACCCGCUGCUGAAGCAGUCCUCGGACAGUGAGCUCAUGGCCCAGCAACACGCCGCCUCUGCCGGCUUGGCCUCUGCCGCCGGGCCUGCCCGCCCUCGCUACCUCUUCCAGAGAAGGUCCAAGCUGUGGGGGGACCCGGUGGAGAGCCGGGGGCUCCCUGGGCCUGAAGAUGACAAACCAACUGUGAUCAGUGAGCUCAGCUCCCGCCUGCAGCAACUGAACAAAGACACACGCUCCCUGGGGGAGGAGCCGGUCGGUGGCCUGGGCAGUCUGCUGGACCCUGCCAAGAAGUCACCCAUCGCAGCAGCUCGGCUCUUCAGCAGCCUCGGUGAGCUGAGCGCCAUCUCAGCGCAGCGCAGCCCCGGGGGCCCGGGCGGCGGGGCCUCCUUCUCCGUGCGGCCCGGCGGCCGCUACCCCGGUCAGUUCCGCUUCACCCCUCCUUUUGUAUGGAGUUCCAUCCAGGGGUUUCGCCCCUGCUCCAGCCCUGAGGCCUCCUGA